UGUUUCGGGAUAGGCCGGUACACCGGGAAAUAGCACCAUCUCUAAUGUAGCCAGUAGAAACUGUUAAACGGGGUCAUGAACAAAGCACGUGUGCAGCGCAACUAAUUUAGAAGUUAUUUAGAUAGGUAUCUCAUCGCACUGCAGUUUGUAGACUGGGUUUAAAGAGACCUGAACCUGAGGUUGGUAGUACACAUGUAUCAUCAAUUCUUUUGAAAGAUUAUAUUUUCACUCUGAUACCCAUGAAAGGAAAUACUGGAGUAGGAGUCCAUUUCUUAUUCUUCAAAGACCAGAGGGGUGGUAGUCAAUUAAGAAAACAGACAUGGAGAUUAUCAAAGAUAAAUAUUAUGAAUGGAACAAAUUUUAUGAAUGGGCAUUAGAAAAUUCAGACCCCCGGGUAAAAGACUGGUUAUUGAUGCAGAAUUACACCCCCACUCUGGUCAUCACUGCCCUCUAUGUGAUGCUGGUCUACGUUGGGAAGUGGUGGAUGGAGAAAAGAGAGCCAUUCAAACUCAGAUGGGCUGUGUUCUUCUAUAACAUAGGAUUAGUCAUACUCAACCUCCAUAUAUUUUGUCAGGUAGUACUAAAUACCUACAGAGCAGGGUAUAGCUAUAUAUGUCAGCCGGUCGUCUACAGUGAGAAUCAGUAUGAAGUAAAUAUAGCAAGUGCAUUAUGGUGGUUUUAUUUCUCCAAGUGUGUAGAAAUGAUGGACACAUUUUUCUUUGUGCUUAAAAAGAAGAACAACCAGAUCAGCUUUUUACAUGUGUAUCAUCAUGCUACAAUGUUCCCCAUUUGGUGGAUCGGCAUUAAGUGGGUGGCAGGAGGGCAAUCUUUCUUUGGUGCCAUGGUGAAUUCGUUCAUCCACGUCAUUAUGUACACAUAUUACGGUAUCUCUGCACUGGGCCCAGAGUACCAGAAGUAUCUCUGGUGGAAACGAUACCUGACCAUGCUGCAGCUGACUCAGUUUUAUAUUGGGAUGGUGUAUGCAUUAUCUAGCCUGUAUCACGAUUGUGACUUUCCAAAAUGGAUGCAGUAUUUAGGCCUCUUCUACGGAGUGACGAUUAUAUCCCUAUUCCUGAACUUCUAUAUUCAGGAGUAUAUCAAGAAGCAUAAUGAAAAAUAUAAAAAGAAGUAUGAUGAUGGAAAAGCAACAAAUGGGGCGGUCAGUCAGAACGGACGACAUGCUAACGGACAUAUAGAGACCAAAAAAACUAAAUAAGUCACAUUGCUCAAGUGCAUUCAACAGGGUUCAAAUCAAUGACAAAUCUUUCUGUGUCUCUUUACUCAGCCUACAUGUAUUGGUAUGGAUUUAUGAGAAGAGUUCUGUGAGAGAAAUUGAAUGGUGUGUUUUGUAUGUGGGUUUUUCUUUUCAUUGUAUUUUAUGAAUGACAGGUUUAUGAUAUUCUAGAAAUGCUAUUAUGAAUCAAAGUUUGGUAGACUCUCAUCAGGAAAAAUCUUGUAUAUAUUGAAUGAAUAUUUAUCCUUAUCUUCUUAUACAACUGAGGUGAUAUUACAUGUACAAAAGUAAGAGAUCAAUCAAUAUUAGCAGGAUUCUGGUUAUCUGGUUAUGAUAAUAUAUUCAUAGUUUGAAAUUGUGUGUUUAUAUGUGCCCAGUACAUUUAACUCAACAAUCAGCAUAUCUCAGGAGAAAAACUAGGUCACAAAUCCUUAAAGAGGAAGAUAAUUAGAAAGUAGUGAAGGUAAAAAACACCUUGUAAAUGGCUUUAAAAAAGGGCACACAUUUAAUUUAUACUUACAAUUUGUUUAAAUAACAUCAUGGAAUUGAUGUUUACUCGUGCAAUAGACAAUUUUGAAGUUCAUGUCAUUGUGCCUUUACUUAACACAAUCAACAUGUAUUAGAUUAAUGUAAUUGUGCAUAUUUGUCCAUAAGUUUAGAUAUAGAAUGCAUUUCUUAUUUAUCAAUACAGUGAAAUAUGCUUAUAACGAAUUCACGCUUAUUGCAAAGUGAUAUUUAUUCCUUAUAUUAAGAGGUACAAGUAAAUAUAUUAAAUAACGAUACUUCUAUUGGAUAUAACAAGUUUGGUUAUAAGGAACGGUUUGCUGGCUCAGGAUUUAUAUCAGCUAUAACCGUGUUUUACUGUAUUACAAAUUAAAUGAUUGCAUUGGUAUGUUAUUUUGUGACUAAAUCUGCAAUAAAUGGAUGGUUUUUGAUGUGCAUGAGGACGCUAUGCAGAAAACAGCUGAAAUAAUCCUAUACUCUUUAAAGAUUUUAUUUUUUGAAUUGUACAUAAUAAUUUUACAGGACUCUUUACAUGUCCAUAAACCACUGACUUCAACAUUUUUUGUUUACAAUGUUUCCUUUUACUUUAUUGUAUAUAUAAUGAAAUAUUUUUAUGAAAUCCUAUUUAUAAUUUUAUUUGUUGUUAAUGUGUCUUACUAAUACCGGUAUACAUGUAUACAAGUACAUGUAUAAAAGAAAUUAUGUUGACUUUGAAAUCGGCGAUUUUAUUUAUUUUUUUUAAAGCAUUUUUUCUAAAGUAUUUCAUUUUGACAGAUCCCCAUAGUCGCAAGCCACAGCUGAAACGUAAGCCCCGAGAGGAGUGCUUGCGACAAUGACAGAUCCCUUGUUAAUCUCUUUUGAUGUUCUAAGAAUCUUAUUGGAUCUUAUUUUAUGUAUGAUGAAGUAAAAUUCAAAUCUGCAUAGAACACGUUACUCUUAACUUGUUUGAAAAAAUGUUAUGUUUCAUUUAUAUUUCAAAGCACCUUAAAUAAAAGUUGAUAUUCGUAUUCAUGUAAUAUGAUCCUGCUGAGUGUGUAUGGAGUAACUGCAUGCUUUUAACUGUCUUGUAAAGACCGGGUGUUCUAUGAUGUGUACUCCGUGACAUGAUUUUUUCUGAUCGUUAUAAAACAAGGUUGUAAAACCAAUACUGUUGAUUGAAACCAGUAUUUAGAAGCUUACUGAACAAAUGGAAACAAUACAUUCAUUGGCUGUAGCAUAUUGAAGCCAGUGCAAUUCAUUCCAGCAUUUCUACUUGUAAAAUACAAAAACCAAAAAUGGUCCAUAUAUUUGUAAGUGCAUGUAUUUUUAUUUCGUUUUUACUGUGGCUUUUAAUUACUAUAAAAUGUGAUCAAAUUUAUAUAACCCGCCAUACAUGUAUAUUAAACUGCAUGAUUACCAUCACCAAGGAAGUGCUAAAAAUAGAUACAUAUUUUUCACAAACGUUACUAUUGUACCAUUAAAGGAUGGAUAUAUGUAUAAGGUAGUUUUGACAUUUACAGCAUUAAAAUAAAUCACAGGGGCUUUAAUAGCCCUUGGCCCCUGUGAAAUAAAUUGGGAAGUAUGUAAUGAUACAGUAGAUUUCUUGAGAACAUGAAUUAGUGAGUGCUCUGUUCAUCAGGAAUUUUUACAUGUAUUUUUAAUAGCAAAAUAUGAAUAAAUGGCGAGUAAUUUUAUUUUGCGAGUGAUGCUUCUUGCAGAAUUAUGCAAUAAUAAAUUCCUUGCGUAUAUUUGGGAAUCUAGAGAAACAGUUGGUCUUUACAGGAGUACGUGGAGUCUUCAAAUCCGAAUUAACAGAAAAUUCAAAAGCAGUAUGUCAUAAUAUCUUAAUUUUAAGUUUUGAAAAAAUGCUGUUUAAAUGUUUUUCAUAAAACUCUGUGAUGCAUGACUUCUGCAUGCACUGUCCAUUCAUCAAAAUGUGUUUAUCGAAAAAAUUUGUAGAAUUCAUUUUCACUACAUUGUACUAUAUAAAGUCCAUUCUAUGAUAUAUGUAUGUCUUUUUCAUCUUCAAUAGUUUUUUUUUUAUCCUACUUGAAAAUAAAAAUAUUUGAAAUAUUCAUAA